AUGUUGAAGUUCCUGUCGAGAGUGAAAAUCGAGUUCAACGCGUUGGAUCCGCGUACGGCGUCGUGUAUGGAGUUUCUGGCUCAAUGCAACUCGCGGAAGGCGAAGGAGUCGAACCCGGCAUGCGUCGUGGAGGUGAAGCGCGGCAAGGAAGAGCGCGCGCCGCAGAUAACGGUGACGUUCGUGAACGGCGUGGAGGAAGUGUUCGACGCGACGGCUACUCCAGCACAGAGCAUAAGAAACUUGAUUCUGGAAAAGGGUCAACACCUCGAGACGGAGCAGAUGUUCCGUGAAUCAGGGGAAUCCUGGCCCGUUAUCAUCCCCGACGAGGAGCUUUCUCAAUUUGCACCCCCUACCAAACCAAGGAAAGCAGAAGAAAAGAAGCAAUAG